GGCGUGACAGAGUACCGUUUCCGCCAAGCAAGUUAAGCACCAGGAUCAUUUACGAGCUACAUAUCGUCGUUGUUGCCUGGGUCGUCCACGCCGCGUAUUCCAAGGUUGUGAAUGCAUAUAACAAUGUUUGUGCAGCCACUGUUGCUUCUCACUAUAAUGAACUCUUGGGUUGCUCAGAAUGCUCAAGGCUUGAUGUGCAGUGACAUGACAUUUCGAGAAGCAGAGCAGCAGCAUGGUGCUGAAAUAACUGGUCUUAAUACCAGCUGUAAUGUAGCACAGCUAGUUAGUUCAGGCCUGUUGGCCUUGAAGCAACCACAGACCCCACGCAGCAGGAACAGGGGUGGAAGUGGUGGCAACACAGUGGCAGCUGUAUUUCGAUUACUUGGUUUGGAGCCUUCACGUCUUAGAGCAGUCACUCUCAAUUCUCUUCUUUUUAUUGCACAGCUUAUCAGCAAUUUCUUCAUCCAACAAGGAGCACCCAAAAAUACUGGGAAGCAAGGAAAAAAACAUCAAGAUUCUCUGCUGCCAUGGAUCCUGCAGAAUCCUACAGUUCAGAAGUUUGUGCCAUCUGUAAAGGAUCAGUCCCUGGCUGAUCAUGUUAUGGAUGCUGUAAAUGGUCACAUUUCACAGUACACCAAUCUGACAUGCCCUCAGCUGCUUAUUUGUAGACUCAUGCCAUUCAUUCAUGGCAUGCAGAGGUCUGUGAUUCCCCUUCUAUCAGAAGCAGACUUUUACUCCAUGACAGGGAUAAAUAUUUUCUUCAGCAGUCUCCCUGAGGAAAAAGAAAUGGAAGACAUCGCAGAUAAAUGUGGCUUGCAGUACCCAGGAUGUGUGUAUUAAUAUUUAAUAGAUACUGGAAAGAAAACACAUUUUAUAAACUAAACUUGAUGGAGUAAUGACAAUAUUAUGAAAUGGAUAGAUUGCUACUCGCCACAAUGGAGCUGUUGA